AUGUCGAACAAAGGGAAGGGAAAGGGGCGCGGGGCUGUCGCCGCAAAGGGCAAGAAGAAGGGCCUAAGCUUCGUCGUUGACUGCUCGAAGCCGGUGAGCGACAAGAUCAUGGAUAUCGUCUCCUUUGAGAAAUUUCUCUUGGAAAAGAUCAAGGUCAACGGAAAGACAGGCCAACUGGCUGAUCAAGUGACCGUGUCACGGGACAAGUUCAAAGUCACAGUCACAGCUGACAUUCACAUGUCAAAACGCUACUUGAAAUAUUUGACAAAAAAGUACCUGAAGAAGCACAACGUCCGGGACUGGCUGCGUGUAAUCGCCUCCAACAAGGACAGAAGCGUGUACGAACUGCGGUACUUCAAUAUCGCUGACAACGAGGGGGAAGAGGAAGACUAG